AAAGGUGACUUACACCGAGAAGACAGAAGGUAUUGAGUACGCCUUGAGAUAUUCAGUCACCUUUCUCUCUUCGUGACUGAAGCAUAUGUUUGCGAUCGUCAAUGGCGCUGCUGUGGCUCUAAACAGCGCACUAAAAAACAGCAGUAGCAGCAACUUUGAAAGAGUCAGACGAAAGUUAUCUUGUUGACGUCUAGAUUCAAAAGUUUGUUUUGAUCUUACUUUGUUUCAAUCACAAUAUACCAUCUCAAUUAAUCACUUUAUUUUUUUAUUACGUGUUUAUAAAGUGUUUUAGUGAAUUCACUAUAAUUUUCACAAAUUAAAUUUGUUUUUCCGAGCUAAUACCGAGCUUUAUUUCUAAUUGGAUGUCAUUUUUUUUUCUCGCUUUUUGCUAGUGUUUCGUUAAUUGAAUUGAGAACAUUAUUCAUAGACUUUGUAUUUAAUUAAAUAACUAGAAAAAAGGUUAAUUAAUCAAAUCGAACAGUGAAGAAAAAAAUAAUCAAGAUGCUACUUGUUAGUAGCCUACUGCUGAUGUUGGCUGUCGUUUCCAGAGUGGAAUGUCAAAGAAAUACUCCAAGGAGUCCAAGAGCCAGUAGACAUGAUGCAGUUCUAGAGUUUGAAUGUCCUGAUGAAUUUGGUUAUUAUCCUCAUCCUAAAGAUUGCACUCAAUAUUAUGUGUGCGUUUUCGGUGGGGCUCUUCUUGAGUCAUGUACUGGAGGACUUAUGUACAGUCAUGAAUUGCAGACAUGUGACUGGCCACGUAAUGUCGGUUGUACAUCUAGUGGACCUUCUGUGCAGGAUGUCGAAGACGAAGAUCCUUUAUUGGAAAGGGCUGCUAAAGCAGAGUCUCAACAACGUCAAGCACACCAACGUCAACCUGUCCAACGAACACAGGUUCAAGUAACAUCACCAUCACCACCUAUUUCUCAAAUAACAGAUCGUCAUUCGCGUCAUCGACAACAAACAUCACAACGAACCUAUACUGACGAUGAAUACGAGCCAGCGUCAGAGAUCGAGAGUGAUCGUCAGCAACGAGUAUAUCGUGGACAGCCUUCAACAAUUGGUCAAGUGCAACGAGAUCGAGAUGGCCUCAGGAGGAAUAUCAUUUCAGAGAGGGAAAAAGAAACUUUAGUGAACACUGGUCGGACCCAAACUGACAAUCAAUACAGAUCAAUUCAAUCUGAAAAUCAACGUAUUGUUAAAACAACUACACCAGCUCCUGUCAUUUCUAAAUCUUAUUACGAUCACGACAGUUAUCCUUAUUAUCUUUAUGACGAUGACGUGUCCAUCUAUAAAGACGAUGAUUAUGCACAAUAUACUAUUAAUCAAUCAAUCCCACUUCCGCCUCCUCAACAACAAAAUGUACGAAUUGCUGAAGUAACACCUAAUUCAAAACCAACAUACACACAAAAAACUAAAAAAGUUCCUGUCAAUGAUGCUGAUAAAUAUAAUUACAAUUCAGAAGUAACUGCCUCUGAUUAUGAUAUUUAUGAUACUCAAGGCCAUCUAAAUAAGAAUAAGUUCCAUAUCAACGAUAAUCCACAAACCUACAGAACAAAUGGACUUAGUCAUCCAGUGGUUCAUGUGACAACACCAAAUGCCAUUGUUGAUGCUUAUGUACCACUUACCACUACAACACCGUUACCACCAACUACUACCGCUCGUCCUUAUUCUGUAACUGUUCCAAGUCGAGGUAGACCACACAUUAAUCGAGGAACAGCACCACCACGAUUACGACCAACGUUGAAACCAUCCACUGAAGUUGUAGCUAAAGCCCAAGAGUACAUUGACAUCUACAGGUAUCCACCAUCAAGACCUGAACCUAUUUAUCCAACUCCUCAAGUCGAUAAGCCUGCAGCUAAAUGUCGUAAAGAUGUUUGUCUGCUUCCGGAUUGUAGUUGUGGAGGAGCUGAUAUACCAGGAGACUAUUUGCCUGAGGAAAUACCCCAAAUCGUCUUGCUGACAUUUGACGAUUCUGUAAAUGAUCUCAACAAAGGCCUUUACGCUGAUCUCUUUGAGAAAGGACGAAAAAACCCUAACGGCUGUCCUAUCUCCGCGACCUUCUACGUAUCACAUGAAUGGACUGACUACAGCCAAGUACAAAAUCUUUAUGCUGCUGGUCAUGAGAUUGCUUCUCACACGGUGUCACAUAGCUUUGGUGAACAGUUCUCGGCUAAAAAGUGGGCCAGGGAAGUUGCUGGUCAACGAGAAAUUCUUGCUGCUUAUGGCGGUGUCAAGUUAGAAGAUGUUAGAGGAAUGAGAGCUCCUUUCUUAUCUGUUGGAGGUAAUAAUAUGUUCAAAAUGUUGUGGGAAACAAACUUCACAUAUGAUUCUUCGAUGCCAAUUUAUGAAAAUCGACCACCAAGUUGGCCAUACACUUUAGAUUAUAAGUUAUUCCAUGACUGUAUGAUUCCUCCUUGUCCAACUCGAUCUUAUCCUGGACUUUGGGAAGUUCCUAUGGUGAUGUGGCAAGAUCUUAAUGGUGGACGAUGCUCUAUGGGUGAUGCAUGCAGUAAUCCACCAACUGCUGAUGGUGUUUAUAAGAUGCUCAUUAAAAACUUUGAAAGGCAUUACACUACCAACAGGGCACCAUUCGGUCUAUUUUAUCAUGCUGCAUGGUUCACCCAAGCUCAUCAUAAAGAAGGAUUUAUUUCCUUCUUGGAUACUAUUGCUGCCAUGGACGAUGUUUGGAUUGUAACCAAUUGGCAAGCAAUCCAAUGGGUUAGAAAUCCAACACCAUUAGCUUUGUUAGAUACAUUUGAGCCAUUUGGCUGCAAUUAUCAGGAUAGACCGAAAAAAUGUAAUAAUGCAAAGGUUUGCAAUCUUUGGCACAAAAGUGGUGUAAGAUAUAUGAAGACGUGCCAAGCUUGCCCGGACAUUUAUCCUUGGACGGGUAAAACUGGAAUACGCAGUAGUCGUAUUGAUAAUGAUAUUGAAAAUUGA